CUUCUUCUUCUCAUCAUCCUGCCUUCAUCCUCCAGCCGCCGACGUCAGUGGAACGUUUCAAUCCCUUCUGAUAUUCAGGUUAAUCUGAUUAUGAAGAUUCCCUCUGAGACGCCUCUUCAUCAAUGACGGCCAAGAUGGAGACUCCCUUCUACCACGACGACUCCCCCGCCGUCCCCAGCUACAGCCAGGUCGCAGAGUACGACCGUUACCAGGGGAACAAGAUGCUGAUGACCAAGAAGGCCAUGUCGAUGGUGGGCAGCCAUCACUUCCCCGGCGGUGGUGGCGGUUCAGCAGGAGGGAGGGCUGGGAACCACCACAACCUGGGGCUCGGCAACGGCUCCAUGACAUCGGUGCCACCCGGGGCGGACAUGAACCUGCUGAAGCUGGCGUCCCCCGACCUGGAGCACCUGAUCAUCCAGUCCAACCAGGGACUGGUCACCACCAGCCCCGUGUCCAACUCCAACAAUCCCUUCAUGUACCGCAACCAGGCCACCAACGAGCAAGAAGGAUUUGCUGACGGAUUUGUCAAAGCGCUCGCCGACCUCCACAAGCAGAACCAGCUGGUGGGAGGCGGCCCCAUGUCCCCGCCUUCGUCCUCCGCCGUGUCCCUGCAGGCGUCCUACCAGAGGAACCUGAUGUCCAGCGGAGACAUGCCCGUCUACACCAACCUCAGCAGCUACAACCCGGGGCAGAUGGUGUACCCUGGGGGCCAGAUGCCGUACGGUAGCGGCUCAGGCCACGGUGGCGGUGGAGCCCCUCAGUCCCACGGCCGAGGCCUGGAUGCCCCUCAGACUGUCCCUGAGGUGCCCCACCCACCGGGCGACCCCACAUCCCCACCUUCCCUCUCCCCGAUCGACCUGGAGACACAGGAGCGAAUCAAGGCAGAACGCAAGAAGCUCCGCAACCGCAUCGCUGCGUCCAAGUGCCGCAAACGGAAGCUGGAGCGCAUCUCGCGGCUGGAGGAGAAGGUAAAGGUCCUGAAAAACCAGAAUUCAGACCUGGCCUCCACCGCCGCCAUGCUGCGAGAGCAGGUCGCACAGCUCAAACAGAAGGUCAUGAGUCACGUCACCAACGGCUGCCAGAUCGCCGUUGGUGCCACCAAGUCCGGAGGAGGAGGAGGGGGAGGCACCGCCAGCGAGGACUCCAGCUGCUGAGGAGGCGGGACAUCAGGAGAACAAGCGCGUGACAACAAGCUGAGAGGCUGAGGGUUUACUUUGACCAUUUUGCCAUUUUGCUCACACUCUAAGGUCAGAAGGAGCAGAAAGUGAGGCGUCAAACACGCCUCAAAAGGACAGAUGGAUGUUUAACGGGAUUUAUGUAGCCCCGUGGACCACUGUCAAUCAUCCAGCCGGAGGGGGCGGGGCUUAGAAGAAAGACAGGAGACAGAAGGAGGGGUAAAUCCCUAAAAUGAGCAGAAUUCAAAUUUUGACAUUGAAUUUUUUUUAAAGGAGACAAAGGGCACAUUGCAUCUAAAGACACUGCACGUGUGAACAGAAACUACACAUAUAUUCAACAAGUCCAUUAGAUUUAUCUUCAGGUGUCAAUACAUCUCAGUAAAUAAACUUAUUAUUUCCCACCCUUGAUUUUCUUUUAAUUUGUAAAACAUUGUGUGAAUAUAUGAUGGGUUUAAAUACGAUUUUUUUUUAACAGCUUGUGCUGUGGUUUGUUUUGUAAUCUGAUUAUUGUAAUAUCUUUACUUAUAUUUACUACAAUCCAACACAGCAUAAGAACAAUCACUUUACACAAAACACUUCUGUUUUUACAGUAACUCUGCAUGGUUACUGUAAUAGAUGUGUGUUUUCUGAGAUUAAAGCUGAGCUGUGGUUUGUAAUAAUAAUCCAGGGACUGUUUUUUUCAAAUAUGUUUCUGUGUAAUAUCUUCGUCUGUUGUUGCUGGAAGUUAAAAACCUUCAGAGUUUAAUUAUGAUUUUGAAAAAAAAUGUUUGAUUUCCAUAGUUGUUGUUCCAGCUGACUGGCUGUUUGGAAAAAAACUUUUCUCGCUUUCUCUGGAUCGUUCAGGAAUCAGGACUGACGCAAUUUUUUUACUUUUAAACUUGUGAAAUACAAUCCUGAUGUGGGAAGAGUCUUUUACUUUCAAUUCAAUGGCAGGUUUUUUGUUUUUUUAAUUGUUCCCAUGUUAUGACUGACUUCAGUGUUUUCUACGAAAGAAAUAUUACUUAACAUAAAUUAGGAUUAAACAUUUCAUAUCUCUUUUCAGUAUUGUGCAUAUAAGAUAUGACUAUUAAAUAAGGUUUAUCAUAAUUGAUACAUUAUAUUAGAAUGAUUCACAUUAUUAAAGAAAUGGGCUCCCACAGGUUAAAGACUUUCUAAAAAGCUGCUUGUUUUGGUGUACAGAAAAUUUCUUAAGAAAGUUGAUUUUGUUUAUAUGCAAAAAAAAUGAUUUUAGUGGAAUAUCAAAUGUGUUCCACCAAGACGCAAUUUCAUGUUAAAUUGUUUUUAAUGCAUUGAAUAUAUUUUUACAGUGUAAAAUGACACAAACUGCCACCUUAUAGUUAAAGAACCUGAAGUUGAAGGACCAACCAGUAAACAUAAAUGUAAACAAAAUGUAUUUGAAGGAUAAUCCACUGCAAGAUGUGCUGUUAUGAAGCAUAGUGCACUCUCCAUAGAGGUCAUAGGGUUCUUUGCAGGGGUUUCAAUUGUCCUUGAGGAAGUUAUAAAGGUCCAUUAGGGGGUUUCUGAGAUCCUGGAGAACGUAGCAGGAGUCCUUGAAGAGGUUCCUGAGGUCUUUGGGGAGGCUGUGAGAGUUGAGCUCAACGGAAACGGAAGCAUCACCGUUGCCAUGGUUGCAGUGUAGUAUAGACCAAUUUACUGUUUACUAGUGAUGUGCCAAUGAAGCCUCAUGAACCGUUUAUAUUAUUUUCUGAGUCCACUAGAUGGUGCUAUUGGUUUAAAGGGAAAGGCUUGUAAUUGGUGACUGACUGUGCUUUCAGCUCUUUGUUGAACAGAGAGCUAGUGGGCUCAGAAAACAAUGAAAAUGGUUCAUGAAGCAUCACUACUGUUUACCAACAUUGAUGAUGUAUUCUGUGGGCGGAGCCUAACUGGUGGCAGAAAGUGACGGUUAGAUGCUACUCCAGCGGUACAAGCGGUGCAGUUGUCUCACCAAAUAAUGUGAAUCAUCCAGAUGUUUUUCCAGAUUAUUUUCAUUGUUUGUCAUCAAAAGAAAGAUAAUCUUAUUAAGCAUAGUAUCGCAAUAUUUUGCGUGGUGAUAUUAUAUUGCUUCGGCUGCCAAGUAUCGAUAUUUAGCGUUCCACUUUUAGGAAUAUACUAGGGAAUCUAUAGGCACCAUGUGCGUCAGGAUAUCGUGUCGGGAAGUUGUCGAAAUAACGCUGCAAAGUUUCUCUAUUUAGGCUAAUUUAAUUUUGUGGACACAAAAUGCAGUUAAACAGUUACAAACAACAAAAUAUAUUGUAUCGCAAUACUCACCAUGUUGCAAAAUGAUAUAUAUAUAUAUAUAUAUAUACAUAUAUAUCAUAUAUCAUAUAUAUCGGAUGAUUUCAGCGGUCCAGUCAGCGCAUGUAAUGGCUGUAAAGUUUUGCAUUGGCAGCCACUUUUGUCCUCUUAAAAGUUCAGUUUGUCAGAUUUGAAAAACUUAGUUCUGGGUUCUUUAACUUGUUGGUAGUACGGAGGACCAAUACAAAGUCAAUGGAGAGCGAUAGUUUGGGCGUGGUCUUCAGAGCAUGACUCAUGGCGCUCUGUUUCUAGGUUUUUUAGUACUAUUUGUGUGAAACCUGAAUAUCAAACUGCUUUUGAAUUGCUUACUAUUUCAAGUGAAAUAUUACUGUAUGCAUACAGUGGACAUACUCAGUAUACCACAAUGUAAUACGGUAGUGAUGGUGAGUUCGGCACUAGUUACCAUGGUUACAGGUCUCCAACUAGCAAGGAGGCUCUCAGGAAAGGUAGAUAGUGGCGUGGUAGGUAGAACUCAGUACACAUAUUGGGUAAACAUAAGAUUUUAAUAGACACAUUGCAGCCAAUCAGGGCGCAGGAUGUACCGUUACUGUUGUAUAAUGAAAACACUCCACAGUUACUUUUGAGAGUGUGUUAUUGUUUGAUAACUGCACAUUUUGUUUUGGAUUUUUGUACUUAAGUUAUGAACUUUAUUUAUACACAUUUAUACGGUGAAAAUGAAUAUUGAUUGGGUCUUUAAUAUGUUGGCAAAUCCACAAAAGAAAAUAAUGUCAAUGUGUUGUUUAUGCAGUGUGUUUAUUGAUAUUUUCGCACUAUUUCCACCAUGAAGCUGAUGAUCCCUUUCUAUUUUUGGACCCUGUUUUGUCCUGACUUUACUGUCCAGUCAGCAGGUCUGUAUCAUGUUAACUGUCAAAUAGAAAAACAUAUAACUGCAAAGAAAGUUGUUAAUAAGAACAAAACAAAAAUAUAAAGUCCCAUUACUUAGAAAACAUUGCAUCAGAGCUUUAACUGAAUAUUAAUUAUUUAAAAAAAAGUUGCAGUUGCAGUUACAUGUGUUCUGUUUGUCUAAUGAGAGACUUUCAAAAAUACUGUUGGUGAGCGUCAAAGAAAUAUUUAUUUUUUGACUCUGAAUGAGGCUUUUGAUGUCUCUAAUUCUAUUUUUGUACAAAUGUAUAAAAAAAAUGUUGUUAUUAAUAUUAUGAAAUGAUGUUUGUGUACGAGCUGUUUGAUUUAAUCAAACACUUAAUGUGUCUAUUUAUUAUGAGUAUGUUUUGUUAUACAGUAAGUUUAUUUUCCUUCACACUGUUCUGCUGGUGUUUGUGUCAAUAUAUCUUAAUAUGAAAUAUUCGUCUGCUGCUGGUUUGCCAUUUGUAAAUCAGAGUUCAGAGUUGUCGAUGUGACAAUGGCCACAUGUUGGGAGUAUGAAGGAUUAAAAGUUCAACAAUCAAAAUGUAAUGUUCACUGUUGAAACUGCCAUGAUUUCAGGUUAAAAAAAAGAUGUUGGUUUUAUGUUGAGAAAUUUAGGGAUUCUUUAAAUUACAACAACAGAAGAAACAUGAUGUUCAUAAAAAGUCUACUCACAGCAACUGUCUAUUGUGAUAUUUAGUUUCUGUUGAAGUCCAGCAUAAAUUAUCUUCAAUAUCUUUAAAUGUC